GUGACCAGAUUUCAAGACGACGAGGCUUGUUGGACAAAAGACUCAGCUGUCAGCUGAGGGUUCCGAAAAUUACCAUCAUGAAAAAGGCCUCUAUGUUUCUCGAACCCCAUCAUGAUGGUUUCCUACGAGUUCAUCCUCGGAUCGCACACUUCCUGAAUCUCUUUCUCACCACCUGCUUUUUCGUUAGCAGUGGGGCCAUUCUGUUGGCCCAGCGGGUGAACGGGCCAGACGAAGCAGUGGAGAGGCGAAAACUCGGAGGUGAUGUCAUAUCUUUGAACACUUCUGCUGAGCCACAACUCAUCAGAAGUUUCAUUGAUGUACUUUCAUGGCGAGAUGAUUUACCGCCUUCUACAAACUACGCUCCACGCAUCUAUGAUGUCGAUGCGUCAUCGAGCGAUGGUACCGUCUUCUACAUCGAGUGGAAUGCGACCCAGUUUUCGCCAAACACCACCACCAUGAUCACACAAAGCAUGAUCAAGAGCGCAAGUCUGACGUCCACAGGCCAGUACCAUGUCUCCAACGUGGCCGGGCCGUGGGCUGCGGAAGGUGGCCGAAACAACCAGAACUCGUCGCAUCUGGCAGGCAUUCUAGUCUUCGACGAUAACACAUUGCUUGUUUCAGACAUAGGGAACUCCACUCUUCAAAAGGUGGAUAUCAGAACCGGACAGGUAGAGGCGUUCACACGGACAGAGCAUGUUCCUGUGGGGCUGUCGAAACAUCCAACCAAGCAAGAGUUAUUCGUCUCUUCCUAUGCCGCUAUCACCCGUCUCAAUUUUGAUUCCCAAUUAAAGGUUAUGAGCAUGAGCACACUUGCAGGCGCUGACAAUGAAUAUCGCCGCGGUCUUACUGAUGCGGACACGGGGAGUGAAGUGCAAUUCAAUUACCCUAUCAUAGGCCAUCGGUCCAUUUCGCCAACCGGAAAGAGCUUGUAUGUGGCGGACUGGAUGAAUAAUGCGAUUCGGAAGGUGGAUACAGAAAUGGGGGCCACAAAGACGAUAGCAGGGACUCCUGGUAUAAAUGGUUCCCGAGACGGCCCUCAUUCCACUGCACUAUUUAUGUGGCCCUCAUCUCUAGCGUUGACGUCCGACGGUUGCAAUCUCUUCGUUGCCGAAUGGGGUUCUGGAAGGAUCCGCUGGCUGAAGUUGGAUAAUCCCGAUGGUGAUGUCCUUGAGGUAAGGACAGUUGCGAUAGCUAUGUGGAACAACGGCUCAAAUGCGGUGCCUAAAGGAAGAACGAUCAACUGCGUCACUCUUUCAAAGGAUGACCAGCACAUAUUUACCGGAGCUGGUGGUCAGAUCUUCAAGUUGACGAUCGACAAGUCCGCUCUACACCAGUGCGGCAGCAGGGCUGCUGGACGUGAUGCGGCAUUAGUUGUUCCGCUUACAGUUGGUCUUGUGGCUGCGUUCAUUGUGAUCGCCAUUGCUGUCGUCUUGUGGAAGACGAAACGCAGCAACAAGUGCAUCGGGGUGUUUGGUAGUGACUCAAAGAGGCAGGAGAGCUCAAAUAACAUAGAACAGUGCACACGUACAAGCUCCUCGCAUGAUGCUAUAGAGCUGCCAACAUCCAAUCUUCCUCGGCCGACCCCCACCGGCACAGGAGAUUCCGGCCGACUGGAACCAAUUCUACCUGCAUCAGCACUUGCCUCCGACUCGGAGGCUGUCCAUAGGUACGAACCAGCUCCAAACGAACUCAAACGGUUCUCGCUGCCAGAGCUGCAGCGAGCAACGAAAGACUUCAGCGAAGAUCAUCUUCUGGCUGGCAAGGGUGGCGGAUAUGGCGACGUUUACCGGGCCUUGGUAAUGGUUGGACGAGAGCUCACCGAUGUGGCUAUCAAGGUUAUGAGAGGGGAAUUCAACAAUGUGAAGUACAAGCAGAUCAAUCCAGAAGUGACGACAUUGAGUCAGGUGCGCCAUCGAAACCUGUGCAAGCUUCUCGGUUUCUGCAUGGAGCAGGACAAAUGUAUACUGGUGUAUCCAUUCAUAUCAGGCGGAAGUCUACAUGACCGCCUGCACGCAGUUGCAGCCACUGCAGGGACAGGCCUAGCUCAAGCUCCAUAUCAUGCUUAUGAUGAUCCCAGCGAGCCGAGGGGUCUACGUGUGGGCUCAGAAGCAGAUGGCGUACCACUGAGCUGGAUGGAGCGGAUGAGCAUUGCGCGACAGGUCGCUGCUGGCUUGGAGUACUUGCACUAUGGUUUGGAGCAACCAAUGCUGCAUCGUAAUGUGAAGAGCCGCAACAUACUCAUAAAGGGGAAAGGUGAGUACCUUCAUGCAUACUUGAUCGAUUUCGGGCUUGCGAGACCGGGGGAGGGCGUUCCAUGCCAACAGUCGUCAGCGGCGGAUGGUCCUACGCCUAGUACGGUAGCACAAUCUGGUACACCAGGCUACAUCGCCCCAGAGUGUCGGUCCCACCUUCGGCUGACCACAACGAAUGACGUCUAUGCGUUUGGUGUUGUUCUUUUGGAACUAGUGACGGGACAAAAGGCUGUGAUGAAGACAGGUGCCGACUCCGAGACGCUUCUGGUCCCAUGGGCACGUCAGUGGCUCGUUCGCAGCGACUUGACGUACCGGCAGCUGCAUGAGAUUGUCGAUCCCCUGAUAAAGAACACACUAGCACCAUGGGAACAGGACAUGGUGCACAAGCUUGCAAUGCUCGGGAACAUGUGCACCAAAGAACUUCCAGAGCAAAGACCCUCUAUGCGGAUUGUCCUAAGGCAAGUAACAGAAAUCAUUCAGGAGGGACCAGACCAGAGGUACCAUAUGCACUAAGGUUGAUGACACCUUGGAAGAUACUAGUUAGGCGUGUAAUCACACUCAGACUUUCCUAUCAGUAUCUGAGGCCAAUUAUGGUCG